GUUCUGGUGUCACUGCGCCCUCAGGGACCGCCUGAGCCGGCCACCAUGUCGCUGAGCCUGAAGCCCACGUGCAGCGUGUACAAGACCUCGUUGUCGUCCAUGUGGAGGAAGAUCCGGCAAGGCGAGAUCCUCUGCCACCACUGCACCGGUGGAGGUCCGCCCCGCAGAGCAACGGGCCAGGGCGGCAAGCAGAGCAAGCAGGAGAUUCACAGGCGGUCUGCUCGUCUCAGAAAUACUAAAUACAAAUCAGCUCCCGCUGCCGAAAAGAAAGUCUCCACUAAAGGAAAAGAGAGAAGACAUAUUUUUAAGUUAAAAAACCCCAUCAAAGCUCCUGAAUCAGUUUCUACCAUAAUCACUGCUGAAUCCAUCUUUUACAAGGGAGUUUACUACCCAAUUGGAGAUGUUGUUUCUGUGAUUAAUGAACAAGACAGAAAACCCUACUGUGCUCAGAUCAGAGGUUUUAUCCAAGACCAGUAUUGUGAGAAGAGUGCAGCACUGACGUGGCUCAUUCCCACUCUGUCUAGCCCCCGGGGCCAAUUUGAUCCUGUAUCCUACAUUAUAGGGCCAGAGGAGGAUCUUCCAAGGAAGAUGAAAUACUUGGAAUUUGUUUGUCAUGCGCCUUCUGAGUAUUUCAAGUCACGCUCGUCACCAUUUCCCACAGUUCCCACCACAUCAGAAAAGGGUAAUAUAUGGACUCAUGUGGGACCUACACCUGCCAUAACUAUUAAGGAAACUGUUACCAACCAUUUAUAAUUUGAAAAAAAGAGAACUAAAAAUCCAGUUGUAUUGUAUGAUAAGCUAUACUAUAUGUGUCUUAAGUGAGAUUCUUAGAUGGAAAAAUAACGGGAAAGGGUUUUUAUUUCCUACCCAGUAAUCAUAAGUGUUUAUUAAUAGUCACUUAGCAAAUUAAUAGAGAUCGAAAAGAACACGAUGUACUGCUUUUUAUUUGUUUUGCUUUUGGGCCAUGUCUAGUGAUGCUCAGGGCUUCUGGCUCUGCACUCAGGAAUUACUCCUGGUAAUUCAGGGGACCAUAUAGAAUACAGGGAGCAAACUUGGAUCGGGCAAAUGCCCUACCUGCUGUGCUAACAGUUCAUUAUACUUUGAACUUAAAUAUUCUAUAUGCGUAUAGGCAAAUCUGUAAUUUCAAUAAUAUCAGCAGGAACAGGUAGUGUCUAUUUGUACCAUAAUUGUAUUUCUAGAAUCUCAUAAACAUUGUAUUUUUCUAUAAAAAUAAUUUAGACUUGAAUUUCUGGUCAAGUGUUUGAUUCAGUAAAUUAUAGCUUUAACAGACUGUCACAUUUAUACAGCUUUGUUUUCUCACCUAGAAAAUGCC